AUGCGAAUAAAAAACUAUACAUGGAUAUGGUGGAUUACAGUUAUAUUAUUAUAUUUAAGGAGUACGGUAGAAGCUUUUGAUGAAGAAAUUAGGUAAUUCAAGUUUUUUUUUGGGAAUUCUUCAAAUUUUUUUGUUGUUUCAGUUUAUCAAACGAAAAUGAAUCGAAACCUGAAAUUGAGGAAAAACCUGGACCAAAAAGUGCAUUAUCAUUAGGUUUACCGCGAUGUGAAACAAAUUAUGAUUGUUCACACGAUGGAGUUUGUAAAAAAGGAGCUGAUGGUUAUGGUGUUUGUCUUUGUGCGGCAGCAUGUCCAGCAAGUGAGUUAUAAUUUUGAAAAAUUUGGGGUAAAAUACCAUAUAUGUUAUUCGAAAAGUUUGGAAUACUACAACCACGAAAUUUUGUUUUGAAAAAAUAGUCAAAAUGGUUUCGGAAAUUCUGAUAGUUCUAGGCUCUUCUGGAAAAAAAGAGGGUCCUGAAUCAAAAAUUCGGAACAUUUUUUUUGAAGUUUCAGUUAUUUUGGUGAAAAAUCUUUUGAAGUUAUAUUUUAUAUUUCAAAGAUGUUUUUUCAUCUAAUGUUAAAUUGUUUAUUCCACUCAUUUAAAAAUUAUGAAUCUAGAAUUUGAUCUUAAAAAAUCCCAUUUUUUCUAAAUUUUAUAUUUUUUGCAGCAAUUCCAUCUCGUUGUGGUCGAUUAGUUUAUGCAAAAUCAAAUCAUAAAUGUCUUGUAAUGGAUGAAGAUUAUCGAUCUCGUUAUGAUGUUCCAUCACCUACGUGUCAUAAUGUGAGUUUUUCUUGUACUCUGACCCAUUCCCUAAUUCGAAAUAAUUUGAUGUGACAGGCAGACAAUCAAUUUUUUCCCUUUACUUUUUGAAAUGGGUGGGCUUCUUUUUAUCAAAACGGGACCAACUCUUAUAGAAAAAUAAAUAAUUUAAAUACUUUUCAAGGCUCGAUGUAUGUGUCCACCACAAUUCAGUGAUGUUCAAUUGUCUUCUUCAACAUUUCCACUUUUUCUCAAUACAACUCUUCCACCAUUUCGUUGUGAUAAAAGGGAUUUACAAGUACAAAUUCGUGUUCAUCCAUCCGAAUCGGUUUUUCUUGGAACUGAUGUCAAAAUGUACUGUUGUAUCAAUGUUGAUCCAGAACAUUUUGUCGAUGCAACAAAUGUUCGAUUUGUUCAAAAUACGACACGAAUACGAGAACCAACUGGACAUCCAUUCAGAGAGGUUUGUUUUCUACAAUUGUAUAUUUUGGAUGGGACCCGAGGAAGCGUGAAUCGGAAAAAUUUCAAAAAAAUGGUCCGAUUCAGAUGUUGUCUUAAAAAUCGGAUCCGCUCCAAAUAACUGUAUCUGUGUCUCUUGAUUCUCGUCUCUCUUUCAAUUUUCAAUCUGUUUUUUUUCUAGGAAUAUCGCCGACAUUCAUCUGAUAAUACUUAUGCUUGUUGGGAACUUGAGCUAAAAAAUGCACAACAAUCGGAUACUGGCUCAUAUAUGUGUAUGGUUACUACAAGUCUGAAAAAUAAAACAGCAAAUCACACAAUCAAUUUUGAAGUUAAAGGUUAGUUUUUUUCCGAAUAUUCUUCUGUAUUUCAAAAACUGUUUACGAUAUUUCCAAAUUCUCAUUUUAAAUGGGUUUAGAACAUUCUCGACGAGUUCAUUCAUAUUGGUACAAAAGACCGAAAAAAAUAAAACUUGCUAGUUGUAAGUUGCAUGAAUAAUAUAUUUAUAGUGAUGUGAAAUAUUGUGAAAAUCCCCUAAAUUCUGAAAUUAAUUAGUUACAAUUUGAAAAUUAAUUAGCCAAUUUUUGCAGCUCCUACAACAAUUACGAAUGUAUCGUAUGAGGCAACUGACAAAAGUGUGGUUGUUACAUGGGAAUUUGAUAAAAAAGGAAACGAGAUUCCAAUUAGAUUAAGGUAAGUUUAAAUUUUAAAAAAAAUUAAAAAAUAUUCCAAUUCCAAUAAUAAGUUAUCUAACUCAUCCGAUUCCAGCAGAAAUCGCAGAAAUGUUCAGAUGAAACCGUAAGAAAUUUGAAUAUUUAUAGAGCAUGGUUUUCUCAGUUUUUCUUUCUUUCUUUCUAUCUAUUUUAGUUUCUGUUUGAUGUGAUUUUCCAAUUUUUUUUUGUCUGAAAAUUAAUUUGAAAUAUUUAUUUAUUUAAAGGCUUAUGCGACGAUCUGAUGUUCAAAAUUCUCAAGUUAUAAAUAAUGAUAAUGCAACAUCGCCGACUGUUAUUAAUGGAUUACAAGCAGCUACACCUUAUACACUUUUUAUAUCUGGACAAGAUGGAAUGGAACCAUUUGAACGAACUGUUCAUUUUACAACCAAAGAAAAAAGUGAGUCAUUUCAGAGAUUGCGGAUAAUAUUAAUGAAUCUGUCGAAUCUGAGAGAUCACUGUGUCACAAUUAAAAUAUACGCUCUAUUUUUCCAGAACCGCAUGCUCCAAGAGCAAUCGAUGUUCGAGUUUUGAAUUCGGGUUCAAAUUUGAUGUGCGAAGUUGAAUGGAAAGCACCCGGUGCAACAUUUGGUCGCCUCACAAAAUAUUUUGUAUCAGUUCGUGGUUCUAUACGAACAAUUGGACCAAAUGGUGAACUCACACCAUUCGAUUUUCCAUUGGCAAGUAUUGGUGAUAAAAAAUGUGCAAAUUGGGAUCAGGAUGAAGCAAAAGCUGGUGUCUCUGGGAUUAAUCCUGUUGAUUUUAGCGCCGAUUUCUUUUCGUGUAAAUUUGGACCGCUGAAGGUGAGUAUUUUAUGCAAAAUUAAAAACAAAUUUGAAAAAAAGUUUCUGUUUUAUUGUUAUUUUGAAGUUUUUGAAAUACUAAUAGAAUCUUGGAAUAUGAAAAUUGAACAAACUCAAGUUUAUUCCCAUUUUUUCCCGAAUUUCUGAAUCCUAAUUUUUCAGCCGAAUCGAAAUUACACAGUAAAUGUUUGGGCUGAAAAUCAAGCUGGAAGAUCAACAGCAGCAAAUUUCACCAAAACAUGUGUCACAAAUUAUGCUCAACCUGAUGUUGUUCAUGAACCAACAACUUCUUUGUCAUCAAAUCAAUCAACAUUUUCAUUGAGUUUUGGAAAUCGACCAGAUGAUUCAAAUGGACCAAUUAGUUGUUAUUAUGUUGCUGUUGUUCCAUUACCAAAAAAUGUAUCAUUGGAUUUAUUGCCACCAACAAAUGAAAUUGUUAUGGAUUCUGUUACAAAGGUAGGGUUUUUUGCUUGAGUUUAAUUCAGAAUGCGAAUAUUUCAAUUUGUAUUUUUUGUAGGUUUUCCAAAAUAACAUGGAUUCAUCAUCUGCCGAAAUGAAACGAUAUUUUGCAUAUGUUGCUGAAAGUUAUAAAGAUUGGCCAGCUGAAACAGUAAUUGGAGAUGGAAAUGGUGUUGAAGGUGUUGAACCAUGUAAUGUUCAUUAUUUGAGUAGACAUUCUGCUGAAGAUCUUGCUCUUUUAUCUGGUCUCAAAUACACUGGUUUUUUGAUUGUUCGAGUUGAUAAAGAAGAAGAUAAAAUGAAUGAUAGAUCGUAAGUUGUUUAUUUUUGGGGUGAAUCUGAGAUUCUUUUGGAUACCCGAAUUAAAAUUGGGAACAUUUAUCUCCGAAACACUCCGGAGCAUGAGCCAGUAAAGAAUGGCCCAUUUUAGUCAACAAAUUUAAAAAAAAAAUUUUCUAUUCAAAGAUGUUUUUGUUCAGAUUCCGAAUUCCACCUCGUAAACUUCGACAACUUCAUUUAAGUGGUCCAGCUUAUGGAUAUAGUGGAUAUUUUAAGCCAAUAAUUCUUGAACUUGAAAGUGAAUCAAGUGGACUUACAACAGCUCUCAAAAUAUUUAUUCCAAUAUUCUUAUUUCUUGCAAUGGCUGUUGCAAUUGCAAUGUUUAUUAUUCAUCGACGAGGAGAUGAUAUGGAAUGGUGUUUAUUUUCGAAAAUAUUAUCAAAAGAUGUUGGAGAUCGAAAACUAUUGCGACAAUCAUUUGGAGCUGUUCCAGUCGAAGAUCUUCCAACUGAAUAUGUUAUGAGACAUCGAGAUUCAGAUUUUGUAUUUAAUCAAGAAUUCGAUUCAUUACCACAUUAUCAAUUGGAAACAACUGCAAGUAAUCGAUAUCCUCAUAAAAAUCGAUAUAAUGAUAUUCGAGCAUUUGAUGAUUCUCGAGUUAAACUUCAACAUAUUCAUGGAGAUGAUUCAUCUGAUUAUAUUAAUGCAAAUUUUAUCAAAAGUUGGAAUUCAAAAAAGACAUUUAUUGCAACACAAGCACCUGUUGAUUUAACAUUGGGUGAUUUUUGGAGAAUGGUUUGGGAACAACAAAGUUAUUUAAUUGUUAUGGUUGCUAAUUUGACGGAGAAAAAUCGACCACAAUGCACAAAAUAUUGGCCAGAUGAUUCGCCUCAAAGAUAUGGUGAUAUAAUUGUUCAACAUGUUGAAUCAUCAUAUUAUUCGGAUUAUAAUAUUCGAGUAUUUGAUAUAAUUCAUAUUGAUGAAUGUUCGCAUGAUCCAAGUGUUGUUGAAUAUGCAAAUGUUCCAUUGGCUAGAAAUUCAGUAAUAACUGGAGGAAAUUCGAGAAGAAUUUAUCAUUAUCAUUUUAUUAAUUGGAAUGAUUAUAAAGCACCAGAAUGUUCAAUUGGAAUAUUACGAUUUUUGCAUAUUUUGAGAGAAUUAGAUGAAUUCAAUGAAUCGCCAGUUGUAAUUCAUUGUAGUGCUGGAGUUGGAAGAACUGGAACAUUUAUCACAAUUGAUUCAAUGUUUGAUCAAUGUAAAACUGAAGGAAAAGCAAAUGUUUUUGAAUUUGUUUCAUUUUUGAGAAAACAAAGAAAUCUUAUGGUUCAAUCAUUGGAACAAUAUGUUUUUAUUUAUAAAGCAUUAGCUGAAUGGUAUAUGUAUGGAUAUACUGAUUUAGAUGCAAAAGAUUUUGAACAACAUUAUCAUUUAUUGAGAGAACCAAUGAGAGAUCGAUCUGCUUCAUUCAAUAAUUUUCAAAAAGUUGUUGUAAAAACAUCGGAAAAAACAAAUAAUGCAAAUGGUUUGGAAGAAGAAUUCAAGAAAUUAGAAAGAAAUCUUGGAGGAACAUUAUCUUCGAAUUUUGCUGCAAGUGAUGCAAAUUUAUUGAAAAAUCGAUAUGAAAGUGCAGUUCCUUAUGAUAAAUAUCGAGUUGUUUUAAGUCAAAUGAUUGGAUUGGCUGAUUCAACUUAUAUAAAUGCAUCACAUAUCAAAGGAUAUUUCUAUCCGUAUAUUGUUGCACAAGAUCCAGUUAGUGAAAUGACGGUUUUUGAUUUUUGGAGAAUGAUUUCGGAUAUGAAAAUUAGAACUGUUGUUAUGUUAUCAAAUGAAGAUGAAUGGAGUGAACCAGAAAAGGUUUGUUAAUUUUGAAUUAUACUGUAACCUGUAUGAAAAUUUUGGAUGGAUUAUUUGAAUUACUGUAGCUUAGCUUCAAACUUCGUAAUCUCGAAAUUUUUGAAAAAAAUUGAUUUACAACAUUUUUGGAACUUGUUUUGGCACAAAAUUUACUGAUAAAAAAUCUGAAAAUUUCUGAAACAUUUUUUUCCCAAAUAAUCACAUUAAUAAAUUACAGUAUUGGCCGGAAGAAGAAGGAAAAAGUGCUCGAUAUACUGCUGGAAAAUAUCAUGUAGAUGUCGAAUUUGUUCGUGAAGAAGAAUUUCCUGAUUUCUAUCAGCGAACCUUAACAUUCGGAAUGAAAGAUCAAGAAAUGUCACAAAAUCAAGAAAUAGUUCAAUUUGCGUUUACAUCUUGGCCUUCUUCUCAAAUUGUUCCAUCAUCUUCUGCUGCAUUAUUAACAUUAAUUAGUCGAGUUUUGGAAAGACAAAGCAAAUUACAAGAUCCUGGACCUAUUUUGGUUCAUUGUAGAAAUGGUUCAUCUGAAACUGGUAUUUUUGUUUGCAUUUCUUUGUUAUUACUUCGACUUCGUGCAGAACAUCGAAUUGAUGUUUUUCAAACUGUAAAAGGUCUUCAAAAUCAAAGACCGCAAAUGUUCACUAAAUUGGUAGGUUCAUUAUCAUUUUAUUAUUCAUUAUAUAUAUUUUCCUUUUUUCAGGAACAAUAUGCGUUUUGCUACAAAGCUGUAGCUGAUUACAUCUCAAAACCAUCAUCAAGGUAG